CUGCAGUGGGGUGGGGGUUGAAAAUGCAUAUAUGCCUUUGCAGGUUAGGAUUUGUGGGCUGUUUCUGUCGCUAACCUUGCACCCAUCUCUGGCUGCUCAUUUUCCUCUCGCAGGUUCCCAAAUCAGGUUUCUGUGUGUUCUUCUUUUUUUAGCGCAGCAGGCAGAUGUUCAGCAGGUGAAGCGUGGAGAUGUUACUAGUUCUCACCGAAAGGGGCAUAGCUCAGGGGUAGAGCAUCUGUACUGCAUGCAGGAGGUGCCAGGUUCAGGCCCCAGCAUCUCCCGGCCGAGAGAGGGAGAAGAUGGCCACUGUGGGAAGUGGCACCGCCAUGUCCUUAGCCCUUCCCUACCAGCCAGUGCUUGAGCAAGGGCCUCGGCCCGGAGAGAGAACAGGCGAGGAGGAAGACGACGCAGCAGGCCCCAAACCCGACAAGGACGUCAACAAAAGAGCCAGGAAAACAGUUCCGGCCAGCAUGGCGGCGGAGCUCCUGCGUUGGCCGGCCUCGCAGCAAGUGAAGCAGGAGCCGGGCGACGGGAUCCCGCAGGGCUGGGACGGUCCCUGGCAGGAGUUCCUGAAGGCGGUUCAGUCCCCGCACCCAGGCUGGGGCAACCCGCAGCUGCCCGCGGCGUGGGAGGAGAGCAGCAAGGCCUUUGAGGGAGCCGCCGACGCCUGGAUGUGGCCCCGAGGGGACUGGGCGGCCCGGCCCUUCUCAGGAGAGCCGCAGCCAGCCCCCCAACACCCUCCGGAAGGCAGAGAGAGGGGCGACGGCGCCAGCGGGAAGUUGAAGGCUGAGAGCUCGAGGCCGGGCCUGGUCAGCGCCGAGUCCCAGCGCCGGCGCUUCCGGCAGUUUGGCUACCGGGAGGCUGAGGGGCCUCGCGAGGUCUGCGUCCGGCUGCGGGAACUGUGUCGCCAGUGGCUGGAGCCCGAGCGGCACACCAAGGAGCAGAUCCUGGAGCUGCUGAUCCUGGAGCAGUUCCUGACCAUCCUGCCGCCCGAGAUCCAGAGCUGGGUGAGGGAAUGGGGGCCGGAGACCUGCGCCCAGGCGGUGGCCCUGGCCGAGGGCUUCCUGAGGAGGCCCCGGGAGCCCAAGAGGUGGGAGCAGCAGAUCUCAAAGCCUUUUCAGGAAAUGCCCAAGGCGGAGCAGGCUCCAUCAGAUGUUGGACUGUGGCAGCUGUACAGGGAGGCAAAGCAGGACAGCGAUGGCAGCUCAAUGGCAGGCGAUGGGUGGGCGAGCGAGAAUGAAGAAGAGAAACCUCGGAUGAGAUGUUCCGAGAAAACUGGGCCUUCCGGGUCGUACGGAGAGAACCCUUUCCUAUGUCCUGAGCAGUUGGGCUCCUUUGAAAACCAACACAAAUCAGAGAAUCCACACGACGUCCCCUUGGGAGACGGGGAGUGCAAACCGGUGGCCUGUCCGGGAGUUGUCCCGAAACUCGGCGACCUGGCAGCUCAAGAGAGGACCCACAAGGACCGGAGGAGGAAAGUGUGCACCGAGUGCGGGAAAGCGUUUGGCCGGAGCUCUGACCUUCUUAAACACCGGAGAACCCACACAGGGGAAAAACCCUUCCAGUGCCUCCACUGCGGGAGAAGCUUCAGCGACCGCUCCAACCUCAUCGCACACCGGAGAAUCCACUCAGAGAAGAAGCUGUACCAGUGCUUGGACUGCGGCAAGAGCUUCUGCCAGAACUCGUACCUGGUCCGCCACCGGAGGACCCACACGGGCGAGAAGCCCUACAAGUGCUCGUACUGCGGCAAAGGGUUCAGCGACAGCUCGAACCUGGUGGUGCACAAGAGGACCCACACGGCCAGCGACAAGCCCUACCGCUGUCCGGAUUGCGGGCGGAAGUUCAGCGAGCCCUCGCUUCUAGGCCGGCACCAGCGGAUGCACGCCAAGGAGAGGCCGUACAACUGCUCGGACUGCGGGAAGACGUUCCGCCACCGCUCGGAUCUGGUCCGCCACCGGAGGACCCACACGGGGGAGAAGCCCUUCAAGUGCCUGGACUGCGGCAAGGGCUUCAGCCAGAGGUCUCACUGCAGCACCCACGAGAGGCGGCACACGAGGCAGAAACUGUACCCGCAGCACUUAGAGGGCGGGAAAGGCUUCGGCCCGGCUGAAAUCGGACUUCCCGCGAAGGAGGAAGCGGCGGAAGCGGCUCAAAGGAUCGCUACGCAGAAGGACGUGAGGGUGGGGCAUAUGUGUGUCCUUCUCCAUACCGAGUGGGGCUACUUAUAGCGCGAGGUAAUUUGACACGAUGGGACUUUCCGGUUUUUGUUUUGUAAAUGGCAAAGUGCAUUACUUCAAAAGGUGGCGAGCCAGUCCUGCUGUGUUUGAAGGCCUUCUCCUCUGCUCCUUCUGCCGAGUAGGCCCUGGACCUCUGCUCUCAAGCUCUGCCCUGACAGCACCGCUGGCUUACAGUCCGCCUUGUUUGUAAAAGCCCGUUCACUUGGUACCAAUUCUUAAUGCGCCCUGAGCGACUAGCAUGGACGUUUUACGAAAACAGCUUUCCGCUGCCAUUUUCCACAAGUGACUAACUUAGCCCGUCUCCCGAGUAUACUUAUUACUUUGUGUUUGUGGACUACUAACUUUUGCUCAAUGUAUGUGCCGAAAUUGGGAUCUGACAAAGAAUUCCGCCUCCUGUUGAUGAGUUUGACUUUUUAAAAAAAUCAAAAUAAGUUUCUAGUCCUCAUCUGUGCCAAGAUAGGUUUGAAAGUUGAUAUACGUACACAUGAUAUUUGGAGGUGUCUUGGAAGCCAAAAGAGGGGGUUGAGCGAGUGGGGCUUGAGUGGGAUCCACAGCACUGGCUCUCUUUCCCCCCUUCACCCCAUGUCCAAAACAGACUAAAGAGCCACUGGAAUUCUGGGAAAGUGCCCCAGGCACCGAUCAGAUUCCAUGAAAGGGGUAACUCCUACUCAUGUUGCUUGUGCUGAACUUCUUAUGGUCUGAGCAAGGAAUCUUUCAUGGGGGUGGGGAGAUGUGUCCUUUGGAAAUGGGACUUUGCGGAAAGGCGUGGAUUUUUUGCAAGGUGGGGUAGGUAGAAUGCCUUCCUGUGACCAACCGCCCAUCCCGUCUUGGUGGCGGUAGCUGCAAAAUAAAUCCUGAACGAAGUA